AUGGAUGAUGAAGGGAAAAACUAUGUCUCUGCUGAAGUAUCAGAUAUCUUGGAUUCUUUUCUGGAUUUUGGGGGUAAACCCUCACCUAUGGAGUCAACUGUGUUGCCUGUCACAGAGGAGCAGGAGGCGUAUCAACCUUUGAAAGUCUUCUUGAGAGUAAGGCCCUUUUCUGUAGCAGAGCUUGAAAACAAUGAAUCUCAGGGUUGUGUAACUAUUGAAGAUUCUCAGACAGUAACUCUUCAUGCACCCAAAGAGUCUUCUGCAAUGAAAAACAGUGAAAGAGGGAUUGGCCAUUCUGUCCACAGAUUCAUGUUUUCUCAGGUUUUUGGACCAGAAACCACUCAAAGAGAAUUUUUUGAAGGCUCAAUGAGAGAAAUAGUAAGAGCAUAUGUUAAUGGAGCAAAUGGACUUGUGUUUACCUACGGGGUUACAAAUGCAGGCAAGACAUUCACUAUCCAAGGGUCUUCAAAAGAUCUUGGUAUUCUGCCUCGCUCACUUGAUGUAAUAUUUAAUCAUAUAAAGGGGAGACAGUACUUGAAGAUGAACUUUAAACCGUAUUUGAGCAAUGAUGUUAAGAAACUGGAAGAUGGACAAGUAAAACAAGAAGAAGCCAUAAAAACUGCCAUUCUUGCCUCGCUGAAAGAGGAUGCAGAAAGCCUCCUGAAUACUAUUACAGAUGUGUCCAAUUUGGAAUCGGCUUCAUCCACUUUGAAAAGGCUGCCUUCUGAUUCUCUAGAAACAAAGGGUGUUCCACUUGAUGUAUAUAGGACAUAUAUACCCCAAAGAAUGCAAGCAUCUGUGUGGAUUUCCUUUUAUGAAAUUUAUAAUGAAUAUGUGUAUGACCUACUAAAUGUACUGUCUACAUCAAAAAAUCAGAAACGCAGAGUCUUAAGAAUUUGUGAGGAUCAAGGAGGAAAUUCUUAUGUUAAAGACUUAAAGUGGAUUAACAUUCAGAGCACCGAAGAAGCCUGCAAAAUACUAAAGAUAGGAAACAAGAACCGAAGCUUUGCAUGUACUAGAAUGAAUGAGCAAUCAAGUAGGAGUCACAGCAUAUUUUCAAUCAGGCUACUGAAGUUAACUGAUGAGCAUCAGCCACGUGUUCUUGGAGUCUCAGAGCUGUCCUUCUGUGACUUGGCUGGGUCAGAGAGGUGUAAUAAAACACAAGCCUUUGGAGACAGGCUAAAAGAAGCAGGGAAUAUUAAUAAUUCUCUUCAUAUCCUUGGAAAAUGUAUUGCAGCAUUGAAGCAGAAUCAAAAUCCAAAGAUGAAGCCAAGCUAUAUUCCAUUCAGAGAAAGCAAGUUGACUCGCCUCUUUCAGCCCUUCUUCUGUGGGAAGGGCAAAGCUUGCAUGAUUGUGAACAUUAAUCAGCGGGCGUCCACCUACGAUGAAACACUGCAUGUCAUGAAGUUUUCAGCUGUAGCCAAACAGGUAAUCCAGACAAUCCUACCCCAAAGUUUUGGCUACUUUGCCCCCAGGCUGAUGGGAAAUGAUGGCAAACCUAUCAUGAACUUUGAUGUUAACACCUCUGUAGAAGAUCUCCCUGGCAGUACUGACCCCUCUGAGGACGAGGAAGUGGACAUCACCAUUCUGAGCCAUGAGGAUCUCUUGAAAACUACUGAGAGCCUAAAGGAAAAGCUAGUUGCAGAAAGGCGAAGCAAACUUCUUCUGGAGGUGACGAUCCGUAGGGAGAUGGCGGAAGCGAUGUUCCGGCAACUGCUGGAAACGGAGGAAACCUGGAGCAACCGCUUGGAAGAUAUGAAAGACAGUUUUGAAGAAAAACUAGAGAGCAAGUUUGAAAUGUAUAAAGAAGCCAUCAAGAAACACGCAUAUAUGUGUGCAAUGGAACAAAUCGAAGAUCAUUAUGUUCCCAUAGAAGAAUUUCUAGCCGAGCAAAGGAAAGUUGAGGAGAGAGAGAAUAAAAUAAUUCAACUGGAGAGGCAACUUGAUGAACAGACAGGGAGACUGUUGGCUCUGGAAAGCCCAAGUUCAGAUACACCUACUACAGAAAGUCCCAGGGAAUUGGAUCUUAUGAACAGGAAGAUGAAGAGGGCUGAUGAAGAACUGCAGAAGCAGUGCAAGGAGAAGGAAGAGCUUAUAAAGUCUCUGAAGUUUAAAAUACAGAAACUAAAUGAAGCCCUGCUGGAAGCUAAUGAAGGCUACAGGAAGAUGGCAGAGGAGACCAGCAGACUGAAGCACAUGGUCAUGCUUAAGGACCAAGAAAUGAGUGACCUGCAGACCUGGGCUAAACGCGCGUUUGAGCUCGAGGAAACGGUGUCCUCCCUGCAGCGAGAGCUUGACGAGCGCAAGAGGCCCCUGUGCCUGGAAGAUGCCAAGCAGCAGAAGCCCAAGAGAGGCUUGUUGGCCAACCUGAAAUCCACAGUGGCUGCCUCGGCCGGGGCCUCGCUGGGGAAGGGCUGGGGGAGGCGGGAAGACUCCCCAGCCCCUGCCAGGAGGCAGGGGCUGCCGCCCAAAGCAAGAGAGAAACGAGGAUGGGCCUGGCUCGGGCUCGGGAGCUGCUGCUCGCUGUGA